AAUACGUUUUGUUUUUCUCUUAUUUAUGAAAUAUAUGUGUGUGUUUCAUCCAAGACAGCUGCCUUUCUAGCCACCAAUCAGGCUUUUGGAGUUUGUGUCAUGGUGGGUGUCCCUCCUACUGGCCAAAACAUUUCCUUCAAUCCUAUGCUGCUUUUGACUGGACGCACCUGGAAAGGAGCUAUUCUUGGAGGUUUUAAAAGCAAAGAUGAUAUCCCCACGCUGGUCUCUGAUGUUAUAGCCAAGAAAUUUACACUGGAUCCAUUAAUAACACAGGUUUCUACUUUUGAUAAGAUCAAUGAAGGAUUUGACAUGCUGCGCUCAGGCAAGAGCAUUCGCACCGUUCUGAAAAUGUGAGACCAAUCAUACCCAUCUGGAAGCUUCUUUUUGGUCCAUUUACCAGCAUUCUUAUUGUAUCUCUAAGGGGUAGCAGGACAUCAGUAAAAGCUUUCAAUAAUUCAAUCACCAAGUUGACCAAUGGAAGCCUGCAGCUGAACAGAUUAAUGAUUAAUAUGAAAGGAUUUUUAAGACAAUGUCUCAAAUUCAUGUUAGAGCGAAGAGAAAUAAGAAAAGUUAAUUAGGAGCUUGAUAGAAGGUCAUACUUUUCAGUUUCAUCAUUGUUAAGUAUUAGACCUUAGACAACUGUUAACCUUUAGUUAAGUGGCAGGGGAGCCAUCAUCAUCCAUGCCCCUUCCUCACUGUUGGGCCAUUAUGCUUGCAGCUUUCUGCCUCUCAGCCUUCUCCCUUUUUUUCAUCAGCAAUUGUUUGGGGAUCCAUCCAAAACAUUUCAACAUGUAAAAUAAAACUUGCUGAGUGAAAACGCA